UAGCUAAUAACCUGCAGUAUAACAUCGCAGCGGCACAUGAUAGUUGCACAACACCUUCGUUCAACGUCGAAAGAAAGACCGCCGAUAACCUCACCCAAAUGCAGCCAACCCCCAAGAUCAAUCGUCCGGAUAACUCGGGAUGCUGCUAAGCCCUCGGCUACGCAGUAAUGGGGCAGCAGAUGGACUACUAUCGUUCGCCAAGUCUGAAAGCUUUCGCCAUCCCACCAUACGUGUCAUUUAACUGGAGCUCUUGUAUCCGUAGAUGCAGCGGGCGCACGCGUCACUCCUGAAAGUGAGUGAGUUUGACGUGGGGACUUAACUCACUCUCCCCAAAACACCAAAACCGCGAGACACACAACCAUGAGGAAAUUCUUCAGGGAAGCAAAGCAAAAGAUCGAGGCCGAAAUCGCCUCCAUCACCGGCGACGAUGAGCCUCAACAGCAGCAGCAGCAGCCGCCGCAGCAUCAACAGCAGUACUACCCCCCUCAACCGCCGCAUCAGGGGUUCGAGCGAGCGGUAUUCGCUCAUUUCAUGCUGAGCAAUACCUGCGAGUACACCGAGGACGAGUACAAAGUCGACAUCGGCCUCGCCCAGCAAGCGCACAUUGACGCCUUCGUCCUAAACUUUGGCAUCCACGAGGAAGCCAUCGUCAAGCUCCCCGACGUCUUCGCCGCCGCCGAGCAGACGGGCUUCAAGCUCCUCUUAUCCUUCGACUACGAAGGAGCAGGAGCAUGGCCCAAGGAGCGCGUCAUCGAAAUCGUCAGCAGAUUUGGCCCCUCACCAGCCUACUUCAAACGCGGUCACCGACCCCUCGUCUCGACCUUUGAAGGCGUCGGCAACGCAGCCGACUGGCACGAGAUCAAGGCCGCGACGAACUGCUUCUUCAUCCCCUCCUUCUCCUCCAUCGGCGCCGACAACGCCCUCAAGACGGGCGUCACCGACGGCCUCUUCAGCUGGGCCGCCUGGCCCCACGGCAACGCGCGCAAGAUGGACGAGGGCCUCGACGCAUCGUACCGCCACGCCCUCGGCCCGCACCGCCCUUACAUGGUCGCCGUCUCCCCCUGGUUCUACACCAACCUGCCCACCUGGAACAAGAACUGGGCCUGGAAGGGUGAUGACCUGUGGAGCGAUCGGUGGAACGAGAUCUUGGCCAUGAGGCCCGAGUACGUGCAGAUCCUCACCUGGAACGACUUUGGAGAAUCGCACUACAUAGGCCCCCUCCACGAAAAACAGUUCGGCGCCUUCGAAUACGGCCAAGCCCCCUUCAACUACGUCCGCGACAUGCCCCACGACGGCUGGCGCCUCCUCCUCCCCUUCCUCAUCGACCUCUACAAAUACGGCACCGCCACCGUCCGCCGCGAGGGUCUCGUAACCUGGUACCGCCUCCACCCGGCCCACGCAGGCGACGCCGGCGGCACGACGGGCAACACCGCCUCCCACGGCCAGGAGCUCUUCCACCCGUCCGAGAUCAUGGAGGACAAAAUCGUCUUCUCGGCGCUGCUGACGGGCCCCGCGCAGGUUACCGUGAGCGUGGGCGGCGUCGCCGAGGAGGCUCAUUGGGACGAGGAUGAUGGAACCCCUGCGCGUGGUGGCGUGGGCGUGUAUCACGGUAGUGCACCGUUUAAUGGCCGGACGGGCGAGGUUGUCGUGACUGUGCACCGCGGCGGGGAUGUUGCGGCUCAGGUGCAGGGGCGGCCCAUUACAACCGAGUGCCAUCAUGGAGGAAUGAAUAACUGGAAUGCGUGGGUUGGCGCUGCCGAAUCUCAUAUGGAAACACAUGCUGUUGCGUAUUUGGGUUAGUCGCGAUGAUAUAGACCAUAGAUCACCA